GAGCGCGUGCAGGCUCUAGAGCAGCAGAUGAUAGCGCUGGCCCAGGAGCUGCAGAACCGCCAGCAGAGGGAGAACGAUCUCACGGCCGAGGUGCAGCGGCUCGGCCGUGUGGCCGAGGCUAGACCACGGGUGGACGGGCCUGUGCCGCAGCCUCGAGCCGAGUCGCUCGUGGACACCCGCACGCUGGGCAAGCCAGACGUUUUCACGGGCGAAGAGCACAAGUGGAACGAUUGGAAGGUGAUCUUCAAGGCGUACUGUAGCGUCGUGAACGCCGACUUGCUGGCAGGGAUGCGACUGGCAGAGAGCGCUGACGAGGCCUCAGAUCAGAACGAUGACUUCCUCGAGGAGAACAUGAGGCAGGCCUCGCAGCAGCUGUAUUACAUCUUGCUCCUCCUCUGCCGGCAGCAUCCCCUGACGACGAUCGUGAAUGCUGGCGAGAAUGAGGGCUUCCAGGCUUGGCGCAAGCUGGUUGAAUACUACGAACCGAAUGCGAGGUCCCGCAUCGCGGGGCAGCUGCUGAAUCUCCUGAACUUCUCGUUCACUGGCGAUGUCGAGGACCGGCUGGCGCUGUUCGAGCGAGAGCUCCUCAGGUACGAGCAGAGGAGCGGCGAGGCCAUCGCAGCCUCCAUGAGGCUGGUGGAGUGGCAGGACUUCCGACGUGAGGUCACCGACAUCCGCCGUGCCCAGAGCGCCAUCGCCCCGGUGCCCGUGCCCAUGGACCUGAGCGCGUUCACCAAGGGUGACGGCAAGGGCAGGUUCAAGGGCGACGGCAAGGGCAAGAGCAAGUCCAGUGGCAAGGGCAAGAGCAAGGGCGACAGCAAGGGCAAGUCCAAGUCCGACGGCAAGAGCAAGACCAGCAGCAAGUCGCAUGGUCAGCAGCUCGGGCCACUCUGCUGGGGCUGCGGCGGUCGCGGCCGCACUCAGCGUGAAUGCCCGAGCAAGCACAGGGGGACGUUGGCGAGCAUGGAGCAGACGCUGGCUCGCAUCAACGCCUCCCAGUCGACGAAUACGACCGUACCAUCGGCGGCCAGCUCUAUCUCGACGGCUGCGACUACGAGGCUGAGUCCGGCGACGGCGAUGUCCGGCGCGAGCUCUCGACAGGUCGCAGCGCUCUACCUGAACGACGCGGGCGAGCAGGUCAGCUACCCGUUCGCGAACCUCCACUCCCUCAGCAUCUACGACCCGGGGCCGGACAAGGCGGACGUGGUCGACUUUGCGACCGGCGCGGCCCUGGACCUGAACAUGAUCCACGGCAACUCGGAUGCGGAGGAGGUCGAGCUCAACGGCAUCUUGCGUGUGGGCAUCGACUCGUGUGCGGCGGCAUCGGUGCUGCCGCGUGGCUCGUGCACGGACUACCCGGUGCACGAGGGCGGCCAGGCGAUCUCGUACAAGACCGCCUCUGGCCACUACGUGAACGACGAGGGCGAGAAGAUCCUCGUGGGGGCGAUCCGUGCGUGCCGUAGGUCUGCCCGGUCGAGGUGGCAGGCCACGAGCCUCCCGAGGGCGAAGCCGGCCAGCCAGGUGCUGCACGAGCCCUACAGGGCAUGGUGCCGGGAGUGCGUCUCCGGCAGAGGCCUGUCAGCAGGCCAUCAGACGAAGGGCCACCAGGAGUCAGCGCUCGCGGUGGUUGGCAUCGACUACGGAUACCUCGGUGAACGAGAGGACGCUACGCCGCUGCUGAUCGGGAAAGAUUCGAAGCAGCGUUGGUUCCACGCGUCGGUGGUGCCAGCUAAGGGGACGCAGCGUCCCUGGCCGGCAAAGUCGUGGUCCAGGAGGCUGGCUUCGGCUGGCCACAAGCGCUUCGUCUUCCGCUCAGACGGCGAGGCGCCGCUCGUCGCCCUGAAGACCCGCACCGGGGCCAAGCUCAAGGAGGAGCACGGCGUCGAGACGGUGCCCGAGGAGAGCGCGGCCGGCGACUCUCAGGGCAACGGCCUGGCCGAGCACGCGGUGCGCGAGGUCAAGGCCAAGGUGAGGACGGCGCGGGCGCAGGUGGACGACCUCCACGGCGUGAGCAUUGGCGUCGAGCACCCAGUGACCCCGCGGAUGGUCGAGUUCGCAGCCAUGUCCAUCAACCUGGGCAGGCGGGGCGCUGACGGCCGCACGGCUUGGGAACUUCGGCACGGCCGCCCCUUCAACAAGGGCCUGGCUUGCUUCUCGGAGAAGGUCCUGUAUCUCCCAGGGGGCAAGCGCAAGGCUGGGAUCGAGGACAAGUUCCUCGCUGGGCUCUACCUGGGGCACACGCUUCGGAAGGACGAGGUCUACAUUGGCACGGAGUUUGGCGUGCUACGGGCCAGGGCCUUCAAGCGGUUGACGGUCGAGCAGCGGGCCGACAAGGACCUGCUGAACAGCCUCGUGGGGAAGCCGUGGGCGCCGGUGCCGACGGACGUGGAGGUGGACGAGGUGCCGGUGGCCAUCGAGAUCCGAGCGCCGGUGCCAGCGCCGGUCGCGCCUUUGGGCGGACAUCUGGCGCCCGUCCCCGAGGCUGGGGACCUCCCGCCCCGGGCUCUCCGAGUCGGGCGACCACCAGCAGGACCGCGGGCCGUCUACAUCAGGAAGGACGUCGAGAUCGCGAAGUACGGGCUCUCCCCGGGCUGCUACGGCUGCGCCGCGAUCCUCAACGGCGCCCGGGCGCAGGCUCACUCAGCCGAGUGCCGCGCUCGGAUCGAGCAGGCGAUGCAGGACGACGAGGAGGCAAAGCAGAGGCUCGAGGAUGCCCGUGAGCGGAAGCGGCAUCGCACUGACGUCGCCGGGCCUGUCUAUCAAGAGGGCGGCUCGUCAGGCAGCGGCGGUCCAGCCCCAGCUCAGCAGGUGCCGCCAGCACCCGAGGCCGCGGCGGCGGCUGACGUGGCGAUGGCUCCGGCACCACACGACCCCGGCGACGACAACAUGCAGGAGGAGAUCGGUGCCCUCCUGCUCUCUCUCGGCUACAGCGGGCGCAAGGCCGACGUGAUGGAGGUCUUCUGCCCGAAUAGGCUUGUGGGCUUUGCCCCCCUCUUCGGUCUGGUUCACGGCGGCUCGUUCGACCUGAGGGUUGGCUGGGACCUGACCGACCGCCAGCAGCAGCGACAGUGCCGGGAGCUGAUCGAGCACUUCGAGGUGUACUUCCUCUUGGGCAGUCCUCGCUGCGCGCCGUUCUCCAUGCUGAAGUACCUGAAUGAGGACCCGGAGAAGCAGCGUGAGGCCUACGCCAUCGGGUACGAGCACUUGAGGUUCGUGAUGGAGCUCUACACGCUGCAGGUGAAGCACGACCGCACGUUCUUGCACGAGCACCCCUGGAGCGCGGACAGCUGGGACCUGGACAUCGUGAAGGAUGUGAUGGCUCUCCCGGGUGUCGAGGUCGGGCGAGGCGACCAGCGCGUGUUCGGCCUGGUGGUUGCGGACGCGCGCGGCGACAGGCUCGCCAAGAAGCCGACAGGGUGGAUGAGUAAUAACAAGGAGGUGUUGGAUGAGGUCUGCAAGCGCUGCCCCAAUGAUACUGGCAUUGGCAGCCGCCACGAGCAUUCCACCUUCGUCGGCCGCAACAUGCGUGUGGCGGAGAGGUACCCGGUCAAGCUCCUCCGCGCCAUCCUCCGUGGCCUCCGCCGUCACCUGAGCAACGAGAAGGUGCUCACGCUUUCGGCCCUGGAUUCUGGGCCGAACGUGGGCGAUGAGGAGAUCAGCCUGAAGGACUUCGUCGGGAAGUGGCGCGACACGCUGAGGGCCGAGUUCUACGACGACCUCACCGGCCUCCCGCUGGACCCCACGCGGGUGAAGGCCGCGAGGCGCCUGGAGAUGGAUUUCAUGGCGCAGCUUGGCGUGUGGGUCUACGCGAGGGAGGAGGACUGUCAGCGCGAGCUUGGACGGAGGCCACUCAGUGUGCGCUGGGUUGAUAUCGACAAGGGCGACACCGACCGGCCGGAUUACAGAUCCAGGCUCGUCGUGCAGGAGACCAAGGCGCAGAGCACCAUCGCCGGGGACGACAUCGGCGCGGUGUUUGCGGCGACCCCGCCGCUAGAGCGCCUCCGGCUCAUCUGCAGCAUGGUGAUGUCGAGCGACCCGUCCGAGGGCCGCGUGCUGCGCUUCCUGGACAUCUCGCGGGCACACCCGCACUGUGAGAUCAAGAGGACGGUCUACAUCAAGCUUCCAGAGGAGGAUCCGAUGUCGCAGGAGAUCGGUGCGUGUGGGCUCUUGCGGAUGGCGCUCUACGGGACGCGCGACGCUGGCCAGAACUUCGAGCUCGCGACUGCCGAGACGGUCAUCGGUGCUGGCUGCGAUCAGUCGGCCUUCUCGCCUUGCGUGUCCUGUCACAAGGACCUCUUCCACCACGGCGACGACUUCGUGCUCGAGGGCUCUCGGGACGGGACGGAGUCGAUCUGCGAGGCCCUGAAGACGAAGUUCAUCGUGAAGGACAGGGGCGUGCUCGGGCCGGCGCCUAACGACGCAAAUGAGAUCACGUGCCUCAACAGGGUAAUGCGCUGGCGAGACCGAUGGUGCCAAGGGGGCGAGGCCAUCGAGUACGAGGCGGAUCCCAGGCACGCGCAGAUCUUGCACGCGCAGCUUGGAAUGGACCCCCGCACCACGAAGUCAUUGAGCACGCCAGGGCUGAGCCAGAAGCCUACACCUGAGGUCGAGCGCGAGCUGAACGAGCACGAGGCGGCAGAGUACCGCAGUGCGUGCAUGAGGCUGGGCUACUUGGCGCUCGAUCGGCCAGAGGUGCAGUUCGCGGCCAAGGAGUGCGCUCGCGGCAUGCAGAGGCCGACAGAGCGACACCUCCGCCUUCUGAAGCGCGCUGGACGCUUCUUGAUCGGGGCGCCGCGGGCCAUCUGGAAGUGGGGCCGACAGCGGGCACCCACAGUGAUGGACAUCUAUUCGGGCACCGAUUGGGCAGGCUGCCCGAUCACGCGGAGGAGCACCAGUUCGGUCGUGAUCAAACAUGGGCAGCACCUGAUCGUUACGGCAUCGACGACUCAGAUCCCCAUCUCCAUGAGUUCGGGGGAGGCUGAGUUCUACGGCUGUGUGCGGGCGGCCAGCAGGGCCAUCGGCAUGCAGUCGCUGUGCCAGGGCCUAGGCAGGGACGUGAGCCUUCGCAUCUGGAGCGACUCGGCAGCUGCUCUUGGCAUCAUGCAACGACGAGGCUGCGGCAAAGUCCGACACCUCGAGACGCCGGCGCUGUGGGUGCAGAAGGCACUCAAGGACGGACGGUUUCAACUGGCUAAGGUUCCCGGGAAGUCGAACCCGGCGGACCUGGGGACGAAGUUCCUCGACCAGGCGGCGACGCUCCGAGGGCUGGAGAUGAUGAAUGUCAGGCUCUCGGACGCGCCCCUCUCGAGUGCCCUUCAGGCGAAG